ACCAGUGUCGACAAACAACGGAACCGUCCGCACAAUGAACCCGUCGCCGCCAUUGGUCUCAUUCUUGAUGCGCUCGAGGUCGUCGCAUGAGCAGUUGAGCCUGUAGCCGGCCGGCGAUUGGAGCCUGGGCGUGCUGCCAUCGUUGGUCACAACUUGGGCAAUAGAACUUGAAGACACACAUCAACACAGUAAAGGCCCUGUGGAUUUCCUCUCUUUAAAUCGUGUGUUACUCGAUUUGCUCUCUUCUAAGCCUCGGGCCAGGCUCGCCAGCGGUCACCUCGAAGGGCUCGCGAGGGAGGCAUUGGAUUUGGACAGCAAUGCCAGUAGAGUCUGGAUCAGAAGGCAAACGCAACAUCAGUGAAUAUACGUGUCGACAUCCAUGCACGUUCUGCGCACCUAUCUCCUUGAUUUCACAGACUUCACGCAGAGGCCCCCUAAUCUCUGACAAGAAGCUGUUCGGCACCGUCCCUUCUUCCCUCUGCUCCUCGUAUACACGGAUUCUUGGAGAGCGAGUGACGACCUCCAACACACCCGUUGGCUCGCCCUCAUCUGUGAGCUCAUGGACCUCCACUUGAGGCACAUUAAAGGCGAAUGCUGUCCUGACGUCGCCGUCCUCUUGCACAGUUGUCCUGGCCCUCUUCCUAUGAAUCAGCUUUUGCGUCAGAUUGAAGCACUCCUCCGGAAUGUCCUCGACGAGGCUGGGAUCCAGGCCUUGAACAAUUACAUACUCCAUGGUGCCCAACGGUGCGCUACUCGUGAAGAGUAUCUCAGGAGCCGCUGGAAAGCGUGUGACGGUGGGGAGGUACUUGCCAUCAAAGGGCUCUUCGUCAGGGCUCAGUUGAAAAAGAAGGCCGCCAACAAGAGUACCUGGAGAAGAAAUGAACACGAUAGCAACGACCAUGUCUGCCAGCUCUUCGUGUAGCUGAACGUCUACCUGUCUGUCUGUCUGUCUGUGUCUGUGUGUCCCUCUGUCUCUGUCUGUCUCUCUGUCUGCCGUGUAUAUGUGUAUGCGCAUACCUUCAACAAACAUCAAAGUGUCUUCGCAUUCCUCGGGAAACACCUGCCUCACUGCGCCCUUGAAGUCCACAUUCGCAAAGUCCACUGUCUCCAGCUCCCCUGUCGUUUCGUCGAGUAUCGGCGCUACGCGUCCAUCCAGCUCCGCAACGUCAUAUUUGAUCCGCACUUGCAGACCAACCCCCUCCUCGUCCGGGUCGCAGCUGAAAAGGGCUCGGAAGUCCUCUGCACCUGGAGUGUUUUCUAUCUCGAGGCAGUAGCUGAUAUCUGUGCCAUUGACAUCUUCCGCGGGAGGGUCACUCAGAAAAUAGCUGGAUGGCUGGGCGGUAGAUGGGGCGGUCAAGUUGACUUCAGGACAGGCCUCAACUGACACGAGCACAAGAUACGACAAGGCAACAACAUGAUGAAAGGUCGGAAGCGACAGGGAGUGAGCUGUGACUCAUUCUGAUUGCUUACAGCAUUCAAACCCGAUCUUGCACAAUUUCACGAAUUCUUCAUCCUCCAAAAUGGGCUGCGCUUGCCCAGAAGCAUUGAUCCUUGAAACACACGACUCAUUGGCGAGUUCUGGGUCAUAUUCAUCUCCUUGCAGCACCCGAAUGGAAACAUUCAGACUCCGUUGACCUGGCUCGCUGCUGUUACACGUAUGUCUCCCUUCCAGAUUGGCCCUGACACACGUAUUGUUCCCAAACUCUCCAGCGUCGGGUACGAGGGCGACGCCCACAGUCUCGCCAAUAAGGUCGAAGUUCCGUCGCAAGUCCAAAAUCUGAGUUCUGAAGGGCGAGGAGGGGCCAGGGUCCACGCCAACAGGAAGGUCUUGCAGCCUCACCCCACGGCAAUUCGUCAAUACUUCGACACACGCAUCGCCAACAGGACAGGCAAUGAGGCCCGUAUCUUGCGUAACUGACAUUCCCGUGCCUGCGCACCCUGUCUCCCAUCGAUGAGAUUGCCCAAGCUGCCUUUGAUGAUGAAGUCAAGCUGCGCUCCUGUCUCCACGUUGAACAGCUCAAAGGAUCGAGGCCUCUCAGGAAGGGCCUCAGUGCACAAAACAGAUACUUCUCUGCCACUCAAUAUGAAUCGAUCGUCGCCGGAGCACACUGUGGUAUCAAGGGUCGUGUUUGUAAAGAAAGAGUCCCCAAGAAAGAAGCUGCUGAAUGACAGGUCUGGCGACUGUCGGGGCUCGUAGAUGGGAAAGAAGAUAGUCGGUAGCACUUCUCCUAGAAGGGCACGGCGCCGGUCGGGGCCGAGAAAGACGAACUCGCUGUCCUCGCUGUCCUCGCUGUCCUCCGCCUCGACGCACAAUUCGCUGCAGUUCAAGAACGCCUCUCGCUUCUCGACAGCAUAUUCACUGAGUUCCAACGGCCUCUGAGAGAACACAACACUUGCCUUUAUGAAUGUAAGUCACUUGCCCAAGCCGUCACCUUUGGAAAGGUCAGGUCGCUCUCCACGUCUCGCCCGAACCCUGAGGCAGCCAGCCCGAUAAUACCGCCCGCCUCGAUCUGGCCCGACGUCACUGUGAACACUCGCUGGUUGAGCAGGACAUCACAAUCAUCAGGCACAUCAUCGGGGAACGUCAGGAGGCCGAGACUCGUGUUGGCCGCGGGCGAGAGAAUGCCGACCGCUCGUGCAGUGACGAGGUCGUCCUGCGUCUCGUUGCCGAAGAUCAGAAUCCGCUGUGUCUGGUUGUACUCGACUUGUUGGGCAAUGAGAGACUCCGAUUCGUCCACGAAGCCCGUCAAGGUGACCUCGAUCUGCGCCUCAAUCCCUUCGCACGCCGGGUUGCUGGCCUUCUCGACUUGCAGAACGCCCUGAAUGGUAGCAACUGCAGGCUGGAGGGCGUUGCCCUCGCGUUCGGAGCAGAGGCCGGUGUCGGGGCAGGUGAACUGGAGGGUGACGCUGACGCCCUCUGUCGUGUCGCAUGACAGGUCCAGAAAGAAGUCAUCGAGCGCACUAUCAUCGUCACUUUUGCCCUGAAUCCUCAUGCAGCUCGACACACUGCUGCCCACGUGCUCGACGUUCGGCAGAAAGGCACCCGAUGGCACGUCUUCGAACAGAUAAGUGCCGGGCACCAGCUGGGCGAACGUCGCAUUUUCUGGCACGGGAGGCGGGUCGUUCGCCCGCAGUCUCUGUUGUCUUGCAUCGGGCCCAAUGUCUUCCCUUCUCUCGACGACGGGGAGGCUGCCCGCACAGUCGAAGGGCACGGCGAAGGGGUUGAUAAUGUUGAAGCACGGAUCCAGCUCGGCCGGGAAACACAAAGACGCUGGCUGACUCGCUGCCACGCCCGUGACGAGGCUGACGUCGCGUUGCGAGAAGUUGGCCACUUCGCCGAACAGACCCACUUCCUCCUCGAUGCAGUAGCAGAAGCGCGAGUCAAAGGUGCGGGCACAGAUGGGCUUGUCCGACGGGCAACUGACAGACAGGCACACAGGCGCACAAAUGGUGUCAUCGCAUGAGACGAGCAGUGCGUACCUUCCCAGUGCCGCGGUGCCCAGAUCAGUAAUAUUUGUGCGAUUGACGCCGCUCGGCUCGCCACAGAUAAUGCUCUGGUUGCCGCUGGUCGCAGUCACGUCGCCGGCGGUAUCCGAGUCCUCAUCGUUCAGCGCAAAGCUUUGUUGUUCCUUGAAAUCUUCCUGGGCGUUAUCCUCAUAGAAGCACUGACCGAAAUUGCCCAGGUCGGGGUCGUCGACGAUGGGCAGCAGCGCAUUGGCCUCGCAACUCGAGAAGAUCUCACCGUCAGGGAACACGGCUGAAAGAUGAAGAGAUUAUCAGUGUGUUGUAUCUUCCUCUGUUGUCCUUACCCGGCUGGCAGUCUGCGUUUGUUUCGGUCGGCCGCCCGUCGUCGUCUGUUCUGUUGUUGUUGCUCAGACAGGCCGUCGUGAACUGAGCCACAGCACCCCUCCUCUCCCAUUGACUCAGCAGAGUGGACAGCAACGCCGUUACAAGACGGAGGGCCGACCGCAUAGAACUUCGAAAGGACGAUUGAACAAAGGAGUUGAUUACAGCAGGAGAACAUGCCGGGGCAUGAGGAAAG